AUGGUUCACCUCGGCCCAAAAAAACCACCUACUAGAAAAGGCUCUUUAAUCGAUGUUCCUGAAUCCUUGAAGGAGAAGGUCGAUCAACUUCAUACCCUCUUUUGGGUGACUCCUGAAAAACUUAAGUCCAUCACCACUCACUUUGUUAGCGAGCUUGAAAAGGGUCUCUCUAAAGCUGGAGGUAACAUUCCAAUGAUUCCAGGGUGGGUGUUUGAGUACCCAACCGGUAAGGAAAAGGGUGACUAUUUGGCCAUUGAUUUGGGUGGAACCAACCUCAGAGUUUGUUUGAUCAAGCUUGGGGGUGACAGAACUUUUGACACCAUCCAAUCGAAGUUUGCUUUGCCAAAGGAUAUUCGUACCACCGAGAGUGAAAACUUGUGGGAUUUCAUCGCAGUUUCCCUUAGAGACUUCCUUCACGAAGAGUUUCCUGAAGGAUCUGUCCAUAAAUUGCCACUUGGGUUCACUUUCUCUUAUCCUGCUACUCAAACUGCUUUGAACCACGGUGUCUUGCAACGUUGGACUAAGGGUUACGACAUCAAGGGUGUCGAAGGCCACGAUGUUGUCCCAAUGUUGCAAAAGGCUUUAGACAAAUACGAUUUGCCAAUCGAAGUCACUGCUUUGAUCAACGACACUACUGGUACUUUGGUGGCCUCGGCUUACACUGAUCCUGAAACUCAAAUGGGUUUGAUUUUCGGGACUGGUUGUAACGGUGCUUACUUUGAAAAAGUCAACAGAAUUCCAAAGUUGGAAGGCAAGUUGUGCGAUGAUGUCGAUCUCGAAGGUUUGAUGGCCAUCAAUUGUGAAUAUGGGGCCUUUGACAAUGAACACAAGGUCUUGCCUCGUACCAAGUACGAUGUUAUCAUUGAUGAAGAAAGUCCAAGACCUGGCCAACAAGCUUUUGAAAAAAUGAUUAGUGGUUACUACUUGGGUGAAGUGAUGAGAUUGGUUUUGCUAGAUUUGUAUGCCGAUGGCUUCAUCUUCAAGAACCAAGAUAUCAGCAAGUUGAAUGAAGCCUACAUUUUGGACACUUCCUUCCCAGCCAAGAUUGAAGAAGAUCCAUUUGAAAAUCUUAGUGACACCAACGAAUUGAUCCAAACCUUGCUCGGAAUUAAGACCACCAAGCCAGAAAGACACUUGAUUAGAAAAUUGGCGGAAUUUGUCGGGGAAAGAUCUUCCAGACUUUCUGUUUGUGGUAUCGCUGCUUUGGCCAAAAAGAGAGGUUUGACCGAAUGUCACGCUGCUGCCGACGGUUCAGUGUACAACAAGUAUCCAAACUUCAAGGAAAGAGCUGCCAAUGCCUUGAACGACAUAUUUGACUGGAAUUUGCCAGCCGACAAACAUCCAAUUAAGAUUGUUGCUGCUGAAGAUGGUAGUGGUGCUGGUGCUGCCAUCAUUGCUGCUUUGGCUGAAAACCGUUUAGCAAAGGGCUUGUCUCUUGGUGAACGCUCAUGA